AUGCAGGAAUUCUUCACAUGGGAGGAAAACGUUGCGGCACAUUCCCCGUAUGACCGAAAAAACACACCCAACUUCAAGUUUCGGCAAUACAACGAGUUGCCUCCAAUGACCACAAGACAUCUGUCGAUUCUCCGCUCACUUCUCAAACCGCAGACGUUUAUGGAGUACAAGGACGAGAGGACUUCAUUUAAUUUCACGUUCUCGAACUACAUACAACCUGCUGUGACAUGUCCUCCCUUGAGGAUCGGGGUGGCGAAUGGGGACAAAGAGUGCUACCUGCUCUUCCACAAGAUCUCAGUGGAUAUGAUCAAGACCGUCCAUGGUCUUGACCCGCAUGUUCAUAGGUUUCACAGCCAGCUGUCGCCUGACUCGAUCGCAGUCCCCGCAAACUUCUCUCAGGUUGCGCAGGUGGUGAAAUCAACUCACUUCCGGGCUUGCAGGAACUUGUCGGAGUUCCCUUUCAUGGCUGGAGUCAGCAGGGAAGAGCGUGCUUCGAUCGAACAGCUGCUGAGGAAUGCUUUGCUAGAGUGUGUACAGGACGGGGUAUACGAGAAGAUCUCCUCAAUGGACCCAAUCGACGAGGAAAUCCUUCUUACAGAUGACCUGCUACUUCAAGAGCCAGCGAAAAACUCGCUACUCCAAGUCUCCGGUGCGGCAAGAGAUUGGCCCGAGAAUCGAGGGAUUCUGCGCAACACUGACAACAGCAUUGUUUGCUGGUUGAAUGGUGAAGACCAUCUGAAGCUGAAUGUCUUGGAAAAACAUCACGAUGUCCCCUCGACAUUUCGCAGGUUUUGCGAGCUUCACACAGCAGUGAAGCACAAGGUAGAAGCGUCUGGAAAGCACUUUGCUACAGAUGAGCUUUUCGGUUACUUGUCAACUUGUCCCUCCAAUGCGGGGCUGGGAUUUACAUGCCAAGUUGUUUUGGAGCUGGAAACAGGGAGGAGGCAGUCGGACAGCCUGCCACAAUGUGUGACAUCGUUGAAUCUGAUUUUGAGACGGGAAAGGAGGGCGACAGAGACAAGCGAACUCGAGCGGUGGGUCCUAGAGCACAAGAGAGCUUAUGGAGUUUCCGAGAAUGAGGCUGUGCAGAACAUCAUCGAGGCGAUCUACGAGAUCGUACAGACUGUUGCGAACCUAGAAGAGUUGCCGAGCCGUUAA